GAUCUGUCAAAAAAUGAUUUUUCUGGUAGAUUCCAAGAAUACUAGGUGGUCUAGAUAAAUUGAUUAAACUUUCUCUAGCACAUAAUAAUAGAUUAGAUGGACCUAUUCCAUAUUCAUUUGGCAAAAUGUUGGCAUUAGAACUUUUGGAUUUGUGCUAUAACAAUCUUGGUGGUGAAAUACCAAAGUCAUUAGAAGCUCUUAUGUAUCUUAACUACCUGAACAUCUCAUUCAAUAAGCUCAGUGGAGAGAUUCCUAUUGGUGGUCCUUUUGCAAAAGCCACAGGUCAAUCUUUCUUUUCCAAUGAUGCACUCUGUGGUGAUUCUAAGUUUAAUGGGUCACCAUGUGUCAUCCAAUCUCCAAAGAGGAAAAAGGCAAUCUUGAUUCUGUAUAUUAUUUUGGGAGUGGGUCUAUUAUUUCUUGUAUUAGCUCUCGCAUAUGUAUUUAUAAGAUUUCAUAAGAUAAAGAAAGAUACUAGUCAAGAAGAUGUGUCUCUGCUAAAAGGGCAUGAAAGAAUUUCCUAUUAUUAACUUGAACAAGCAACAUAAGGAUUCAAUGAAAGCAACUUGCUUGGUAAUGGGAGUUUCAGCAUGGUCUACAAAGGGAUACUUAAGGAUGGUACUACUUUUGAGAAAAGGUCUUCAAUGUGCAAUUGGAGGGUGUAUUCAAAAGUUUUGACACAGAAUGUGAGAUACUUCAGAACCUUCACCAUAAAAAUCUGACCAAAGUCAUAGCGAGCUGCUCCAACCUUGAUUUCAAGGCCAUAGUGUUGGAAUAUAUGCCCAACGGGACACUUGAUAAAUGGUUAUACUCUCACAACUUGUUCUUAAAUUUAUUGCAGAGAAUAGAUAUAAUGAUAGAUGUUGCAUUUGCAAUGGAUUAUCUCCACAAUGGCUAUUCAACACCUGCAGUGCAUUGUGACUUUGAAGCCAAGAAAUGUCUUGCUAGAUCAAGAAAUGGUUGGCCAUAUCAGUGAUUUUGGCAUUGCAAAGUUGUUAGGUGCAGGGGAGGUUUUUGUUCGAAUAAGGACAAUUGCAACCAUUGGAUAUAUUGCUCCAGAGUAUGGACAAGAUGGAAUAGUAACCACGAGCUGUGAUGUUUAUAGUUUUGGCCUCCUAAUGAUGAAGGCGUCUACCAGAAUGAGAGUAAGUAAUGAUACAUCUACUGGAGAAUUGAGCAUACAACGUUGGGUUAGUGAUUUCUUACCAAGUGGAAUUCAUAAGGUGGUUGAUUCUGAUUUGCUACAUCCAGGGACUGAAAAAAUCGACACAAAGAUGCAAUGUUUGUUAUCUAUGCACUUUAGUGACGCCUGAUGCAAGAAUUAUCAUGAAAGAUGCUCUAUCAACACUUCAAAAGAUUAGGCUCCAGCUUGUCAGUAGUCGCACUAAAGUGGAAUUGGACCGUCUACUUUUACAUGUUAUUUGGUUACCUAUGUCAGUUAUAUUAAGUUUUCAAUUUUGUAUAUGUACUGAAGUUUAAUCACGGUUGCAGGAAUCAACUCAUUUAUUGAUAUAUGUAGUUUUGAUGAUACACGGAAGUCGAAAAUAGAGAUUUAAAAUGGGUGAGAGAUGAGAAUGAAUUAAUGUGAUGCCGCAAAUGUAGAGAUAACCUGAUAGGAACAUCUGUGAAGUAUAUCUGUAUAUGAUUGUUGACUUAAUA